AUGAGCGCUGGCUGGAUUUGUCCCGGUAGAAAAUCGGUGAGCUACUUCCCCGCCGUGGCGAGCCGUGGCCGUGCGAGGAAACCUCCUCCGGUGGAUGCGGCGGCCAUCGGGCGGUUCCGCCGCUUGCUCGGCGGCGGCGGUGCCGCGGCCGUCGACAGCUUCGCCGUCCUGGAUCUGCUGAAGGGCUGCUUCUCCGAGCCCAUAGCGCGGCAGGCGCACACCAUCAUCACGAAGCUCGGCAUGGGGGGCGUGGUCUUCCUCCGGACGGCCCUCAUCAGCCUCUACUCCCGAACGGGCCAACUGGCGGACGCCCACGAGGUGUUCGUCGGUGUGAGCGGCCCGGAGAAGAACGCCGCCUGCUGGACGUCCCUCAUCGCUGCCUGCGUUGGCAACGGCGAGCCCCAGGUGGCUCUCCGUUUCUUCCGGGAGAUGCAGGCAGCCGGCGUGGAGCCCGACAAGGUCACCCUCACCGCUGCUCUCUCCGCCUGCGCUGACCUCGGCGCGCUGGCCUCCGGCGCCUGGAUCCACGCCUACGCCGUCCGGCUGACGGAUAAGAAGAAUAAUAAGAAGAAGAGCUUCUCCGGCGACCUGAUCCUUAGGAACGCCCUCAUCAACAUGUACACAAAGUGCGGGGACAUCUCCAAUGCCCGUCGCCUGUUCGACCUGGGACCGCACAGGGACGUGACCACCUGGACCUCCAUGAUCGUCGGCUACGCCCUAAACGGCCGUGCGGAGGAGGCCCUGAAGCUCUUCGGGGAGCUCCAGGCGACGCAGCAGCGGAGCCACCUUGUCUCCCCCAACCAGGUGACCUUCGUCGGCGUGCUGAUGGCGUGCAGCCACGCGGGGCGCGUGGGGGAAGCCCUGCAGCACCUGCGGAGCAUGCGGGAGGAGUACCGCGUGGAGCCGCAGAUCUCCCACUACGGCUGCGUGGUGGACGGGCUUUGCCGCGCGGGGCGCCUGCAGGAGGCGCUGGAGUUCGCAGAGGCCAUGCCGAUCCGGCCCAACGCGGUCGUCUGGCGGACGCUGCUCGGCGCGUGCGCCGCUCGCGGUGAGCUGGCCGGCGCCGCGCGGGCCCGGCGCAGGCUGCUGGAAAUGGAGCCGCAGCGCGAGCACGCCGGCGACGACGUGGCCAUGUCCAACGCGUACGCGGCGGCGGGGGUGUGGGGGGCUAAGGAGGGGGUGCGGCGGCGCCGCCGGCGGGAGCCCGGCUGUAGCCUGAUCGAGCUCGAAGGCCGAGUCCACGAGUUCGUCGCCGGCGACCGGCGGCAUCCCCGCCGGCGGGAGAUCGUCCACCUCCUCCAGGGCAUCGCAGAGAUCUCCUCCACUCCCUCAUCGGAAAAGAUCGGCCUUCCCGCAUUCCGAGAAGAAUUCGGUCUCUUUAGCAUUAGUGGCUCUAAAAUCUUCUAA